AAGGACAAUCGGUCUCGUUUUUGGUGGGUGUACAAAAGAGUCGCUGAGGAGCAUGACGGCGAGUUUCUCGAGCGAUACACUGGCGACAUGGACAUCGUCUUGGUCUUCUCCGGUCUUUUCUCAGCUGUCAGCACGUCCUUUAUAGUGGCGAUGGAGCCCAAUCUCAGUCCCAACCCCAGCGACACCACGAAUGCCCUUCUGAAGCAACUCGUGCAGAUCGGACUUGGCAACCUCACUGCAGCAGGCUCCACACCCGCAGACCCAGCAUCUACAUGGUCGCCGACUGCGCCAGCUCUGAGGAUCCAAAUGGCCGCAUAUGCAAGCUUGUCCAUGAGCUUGCUAGCAGCAUUCAGGGCCAUGCUAGGCAAGCAGUGG